UUAAUCCUCCUCGGGGCCUUGCUGAAUUUUUGAGUUUGUUUGACUCGCUUUCCUCAUUUCGCUCUCCAGCCUCCCGUGCAGUCCCAGACCCUGCAUCAGGAUCAAACGCGAUUCCUUCUCCACGUAGCGUUCAAGCCUCCCGCCUACCCAGGCCACAGACUCAGUACGAGGGGGCAGGGUGGGGUUGUGGCCUGCUCUUCUCAACUCCUAUUGGGUAAAACCCACGCCACUCAUCGCACCGGGGGCGAAACAGGAGGAAAAGGGCCUUUCCUAGGCGCGAGAAGAUGACGUCACAGUAGUGGGGCCGGAACCUUGGGCUCUAGGCUUGCUGAGUGUGCGGACUGAAGACCCCUCCGGCCGAGACACCAUCGCAAUGACCAUCUGUCAGUUCUUCCUUCAAGGCCGAUGCCGCUUUGGAGAGCGGUGCUGGAACGAACAUCCUGGUGUGAGUGGGGGACGGCAGCAUCAGCCCUCAGGUGGUAACAGACGUGGGUGGAAUGCCACCAGCCAGAGAUACUCCAGUGUUAUCCAGCCAUCCAGUUUCUCCAAAUCUACACCAUGGGGGGGCAGCAGAGAUCACGAAACGCCAUCUUUUGGUUCUUUUGAUUCUGGAGCUUCAACUAGCAGGAACAGGGGGUUUGGAUUGUCUCAGAACCCAUUUGAUUCUUCAUCUAGCUCUGAUGGACAGAAAGAUGAAAAGAAACUUCUGGAAGGAAUUGUAAAAGAUAUGGAGGUUUGGGAAUCAUCAGGGCAGUGGAAGUUCUCUGUUUAUUCAUCGGUGAAAAAGAAACCUAAUAUUUCAGGUUUUACAGACAUUUCACCAGAGGAGUUGAGGCUUGAAUACCAUAACUUCUUAACCAGCAAUAACUUACAGAGUUAUCUAAAUUCUGUCCAACAGUUAAUAAAUCAGUGGAAGAACAGAGUAAAUGAACUGAAAAGUCUAAAUACAUCAACUAAAGUAGCUUUGCUCUCUGAUCUAAAGGAUGGAAUAAAUCAGGCGGCACCUGCAUUCGGAUUCGGCAGUAGGCAAGCAGUAACAUUUGGGUCAUCAGGUUUUCCUGUGAAUAACAGCAGCAGUGAUAGUGCUCAAAAUUUUAGUUUUAAAACAAACUCUGGAUUUGCCACUGCCCCUUCUGGAAGCCCUUCUGCGUUCGGGAGUACGCCAGCAUUUGGAGCUGCGCCUUCUGCCACUUCUGCCGCCACUACUUCUACUCCAGCUCUUGGAUUUGGGAAACCUAAAAUCACAUCUGCUGCUUCGUUUUCAUUCAAAACCCCUGCAGCUUCUGGUUUCGGAUCACCUGGCCUGUCAGGAUUUCCAGCGUCCAUGGCAGGAGGCCCUGCUGGGGGUCCAGGGGCCCUGGCCUUCGGGAGCAGCAGUUCUGCGGCUGGCUUUGGUGGUCCAGGCUCACAUUCUCACACUGCUUUUUCCACGUCUUCCAGUGAUGCCUUUAGAAAGAACAGCAUCCCCACCUCUCUCCCCGUCUCACACGGCAGCACGACAGGUAAUGCGUUAUUCACACCCAAGGAUCAACUAACAGCAGAAGAACUGGAACAAUUUCAGUCCAAGAAAUUUACUCUGGGAAAAAUCCCAUUGAAGCCACCGCCUAUGGAACUUCUAAAUAUUUAAAAGAACAAUUUUAAAUACAGAAAAGAACAGCUUUUAAAAUUGUUUUGAGUGGUUCAUAUAAAAAGGCAGAUAUACACACAUAUGUAUAUACAUAUAUAUUUAAAAGGAAUAUAGCUUUCAAUAAUAACUUUAGGGGUUUGAAAUUGAACAUUUUUUCUUGAGCCUAAGGAAACUCAGCAAGAGAUUUUUUUUUUUAAUUGCUGUAAUCAUGAAUAGAAUUAAAAAACUGUCAGUGUGUGCUGAAUAAAGUACUUUUCUCAUUCUA